CGGUAUUCCAGUAUUAUUCUUGAAGUCUAGAAAUCAAUAAAUUGAGUUGCAACGUAUCACGGGUUACUUUUCGACACAUAACUCCAGGAGAUUAUGGAUACAAACACCAUCAACGUACUCAUCGUCGGCGUCGGGCCCGGCCUUGCACUUGCACUAGAUCCUCGAACGACGCGGCUUGCAUUCGACAAUCAUCGAACUAAUUCUAGCACAGAGACGGAGCUCCUCGUUAAGGCCGACUAUCCCAACGAUCGCGGUAUGGAGUUCUGCCGAAUCCUCGGCGUCCGGGAUGACGUUGCUAAUGUAGGAUUUCCUAACGAUGUCUCUCGUGACAUAGUUUUUGCACAGCUCUCAAUGGCCGUUUCGUCGGCCGUCUUCCGACGCCCUUCCCUCCAAGUUCUCUGUCCGCAAUUAUGGUUUGACCCACUACUUGCUCGCGCUUUUAUGAGACAAGAGGCGGAAGAUAUCCGCUACGGGAUAGAAUUUAGUGUUCGUGAACAGGAUGAUACUUGCUUUCUCACGCAUGUUGAAGGCAGCAGGAUGGAAAAUACUCGUGCUUGGGAACUGGCAGGUUGUGAUGGUCUUACCAGUACGGUUCAAAGAGUAGUAUUCCCUUCAAUGGGAUUGACCUUGGAUACUCAACUAGCGUUAUUACCAGAGUCGACGAUCGUGCACGGUACCAUAGCUUCGAAAUGGCCGAGGCUACAUGUUCAUCGGCCCUGAAGGAACGUGGGCGAAUCUCACUUCCGUAAAGGGUCGGUCACUAUAUUGCUUAACCGUUGUUGGCCCGGAAGAAAAGAUCGACUAUAGACAAGUCGACAUGGAAGGAAUGAUAGAAAGGGCGUUUGGCCAUGAUCAUAUCGAUUUCCACUGUAGCUGGUGCUGCCAUUGGCUAAGCCACCUCACUGCAGCGGCGGCCGCUCUCAUUGGUCUAAGAGCUUUGGGGCACUGCACG